AUUGACCUCUCCUCCUCCAAAAACCACACGUUCUGCCUUCCCCAAUCCCUCUGUUUCGCUUCCUGCUCCCUUCCUCGAAACUCUGUUUUGUCUAUUUUCUCUAACUCCCUUCAAAUCUACAUCACGCAUUUGGAUCACGACCAUAUCGUAGAGUUCUUCACUUGUUUUUUUCACUAAUCAUCCGUAAUCCCACGUCAGUCAGAUUUUCCAAGACCGUCCACCCUUGACAUUCAACCAUGAUUGGGUAUGGCUCCAUCCCCCUCUACCUCUCUCCAAUUUCCACCCUGUCUUGCUCUGUAAACAAAUCUGCAUUCAUCAUCCACAAAAAACUAAGGAUCACCUACUCUUCUCUUUCUUCUCGAUCCUUCAUUUUAUAUUGAAUCUAUUUUCUUUUUUCCUUUUCCGUCCACGCUCCUCCGUUGGAAGCAGUCUCCAUUUCCCCUGCAACUGGGUCUUUUAUAUUACUCCAGAUAAGAACCAUUUCAACUUCAGGCCUACUUGUUUCCUGAUUAGUCACCAGAAGUUAAAAAGCGAUGAAAACAGAGAUGAAGUCCUCCAAGGAACGUACUUUUCCAUCCUCUCCGGUUUUACCGUUGUCCAUCUUCCGUUCUACAGUGCUGAAAAUGAGUUCUUUCCGGGCACAGCGUUCUUGGUCGAGAACGGUCGUGAGGAAAUGGUUGAAUAUACAGAGCCGAGCCGACGAGUUUAACUCCGAUUACGCGAGCAAAGGUAAAACCCAUCUCGUUUCGGAUGUUCUAUAUCCAAUCGGAAUUGAAAUUCGGGGUUUUGUUUCGGAUUCAGAGCAGUUAUUGCUUUUUGCAGGAAGCGAAACAGGGAGACCGAAGACUUGUGCCGACGACGAUUAUUUUGUUUACGUACCGGAAGAUUUCUCAGAAGCUUGGUUGGUGGGAGCGACUAAUGGGCUUAAACAGCCAAUUGUUACACCGGAGGCGCCAUUGGCGGCGACGGACGGACUCAACCUCAGGAUGUUUGUGGGGACAUGGAAUGUCGGGGGGAAGUCGCCUCAGGAGGGAUUGAACUUGAGAGAUUGGCUGAAGUUACCAGCACCUGCUGACAUCUACGUUCUUGGGUUUCAGGAAAUCGUCCCCUUAAAUGCGGGGAACGUGCUCGGGCCAGAGGACGAAGGUCCAGCUGCCAAGUGGCUCUCCCUUAUACGUCAAGCUUUGAACAGCAACGACAAUGACUACCACCUUUCUCAAAAUUACACCUUUACCACUCAACGGAAAAAUCCAUCCUCGCCGUCGCAGCUUAACCAGCAAGCAACCGUGAAAAACAGGCUCAGCUUCUCCGACUUACUCUCACUGGAAGACGAGCUUGGCAAAGAGGAUUUCGAAAAGUUGCUGAAUUUGAAUCCGAAUUCCGGCGAAGAACAACCCUCACCCAGCCCACAUGGUCCCUCUGACAGCCCUUCUCGGAGGCGGUUUUGCCUGGCUGCGAGCAAGCAGAUGGUUGGCGUUUUCCUCUGCGUGUGGGUUCGUGCUGAUCUUCGCAAACAUAUAAGCAAUUUGAAGGUCUCCUGCGUUGGCCGUGGCAUCAUGGGAUACCUUGGAAACAAAGGUUCAAUAUCCAUUAGUAUGACAUUGUAUCAAACAACAUUCUGCCUAGUUUGUACACACUUGACUUCGGGGCAGAAAGAAGGAGAUGAGGUUAGGAGGAAUUCUGAUGUUGUUGAAAUAUUAAAGAGAACAAGAUUUUGCCAUUCUUUCAAAGAUCUUAGGCAACCUCUUCCUCCCGCAGGCAUUUUGGGGCAUGACAAGAUUAUUUGGCUUGGAGAUUUGAAUUAUCGGCUGGUUGGUACUAGUCGUGACACACACGAGUUACUGAACAGAAAUGAUUGGCAGGCACUUCUAGAGAAGGAUCAGCUAAGGAUGGAACAGAAAGCUGGUAGGGUAUUCCGAGGGUGGGAAGAAGGCAUGAUACAUUUUGCCCCAACUUACAAAUACCACACCAAUUCUGACCAUUAUGUCGUCCAAACAUCUAAAUCAAAAGAGAAACAACGUACUCCUGCUUGGUGUGAUAGGAUACUGUGGAAAGGUGAAGGAAUGAAACAGAUGUGGUAUACAAGGGGAGAGUCUAGAUUCUCAGACCACAGGCCGGUUUAUUCCUUAUUUUCAGUCCAAGUCAAUUCAGCAAAGAACAUCCCAACUGCCAGAUCCUGCUUGUCAAAACUUCCUACAAGCACCACCCUAUCCUCCACGAACCUAGCCAAGGUCCAAGCAGAGGAGCUCUUGCAUCUUCACAGGACACAAAGCUGCAUAGAAACCAACCCCAGAUUUUGUUAACACUCUUUACAUAUUCAUGUAUAGAAAGCAACCUGUCUCUACUGAGGCUAGAGGGGGGAGAUGUAAGAAAAAUUACCAACUUGACUCUUAGUCCAAGUGUUAUAUUUGGUUAUUUACUAAAAUCUCUUUUUGGAGAAGGAUGGAUUGUGAGUAUUGACGAUUUAGAAGAUAUAAUUAAUUAGGGGCAUGUAUGGUUAGGUUUCAUUUGUAUUUUUGGUGGAAUCUGGCAUAUCUUAAUCAAACCUUCUGCUUGGGCUCAAUAUGCAUUUGUGUGUUCAAUAAUAUGGCUUAUCCUAGUGAGUUUUAUGGACCACUAGCCAGAAACUUCUCAAGCUCAAGCAUUUACUUUUUCUAGUUAGAGACCAAUGUCUUGGGGCUAACAUGGGAUCCACUCAAGCACCCACAAUUUUAGGUAAAUAUCUAAUGCGUUCCUCGACGAGAGAAGUCAUUUUUGGGGGAGAAACUAUACCCUUUUGGGAUUUGCAUUCUCCUUGGUUAGAACCCUUGAGUGGUCCAAAUGGUUUGGACUUGAGUAAGUUGAAAAAAGAUAUACACCCUUG